UGCACAGCGGCGGAAUGAUGUAUGACUCUAAUAUGUACAGCAGUCCCCUCUCCCUUCUACAACUUCCAGCCUCCGCUCUACCGGAGGUAACAGGACGCUUGGCACAAGCCGGAAACUCGGUGGCACGCUUCUCUCAAGACGGCAAGUCUCUUUCCGAUCUGAGAGCGCUGGUCCCAGAAGCCGACUUCAGGCAGGCAGCAGAAGUGACGGUGGAUGUAGGAUUCGUCUGCAAGAAAUGUCAUAUGGUCUAUCCUGCUGAGGUCCUUUGUCUUAAUCACCAGCGGUCAUCCUGCUUCCAAUCCAAACCGGUAUCUGAGAUCAAAGCUACGUUGAAGUUGGUUCAGUGUCAUGUGGAAUGCAGAGCUUGUCGCGAACGAUUCACGACCAUCGUCGACUUCAAGUUUCAUUGCGACAUGGACCGCCAUAUUAAACGUGUUCAGAAGAUCCAGCGAGAGGCCACCGCGGCAGCUGUAGCGACCUCAGCCGUUGCAAACCACUUUGAUACCUUGGCAAACCGGAUGGCCCAAACGCCCACCACGAACCCACUCCUAAACAGCAAUACAUUCACGAACGAAGGCAACGCUUCAGCUGCUGGAUUGCUGGGUAGGAAUGGUCUGGUACCAGAUAUGGCUCAGAUGUUUUUUUCGGGCAUGGGCAUGGAUGCGAUUAGGUUAGGAAUGGGGCUAGAUCCAGAAGGUGGUGACGCGAAAAACAAAACGUCGGCAGUGGGCUGUGGAGUCGAUGCUGGAGUCUCCAUUUCUUAGGCUAAGAACAAGCCGAAAGGCUCUAAAAAUCGAAUUACACAGAAAUCAGUGGUCUUUCAUAGUGAUGCUUAGUUACCUGAACAUUCCACGCGAAGAUCUGUUUUUUUAUAGGUAUGACAUCACAAAAUGUUCGACAAACGAGUCAGAUAAAUUGCGUUUUUAUUCAGUGGCAAUAACAAAUGUAAUAAAGUCAAAGAUGUGCCACUUUUAUAAGUGCAUGGAAAACAUCAGGUAUCUAUAGAAAGGUGCUUGAUUUAUUAAGAGUAGGUUUAAAAUAUGACUAAUUAUAUUUUUCAACUUAUUAAAACAUUGUUCACUCUUAAUACAAUUUCUUCUGUGGGCGGAAUUCAUUGUAUGUGUAUAAAGAAAAACUGACAAAGCUUACCACAGACAACUUUUAUGCCUUUAUGCCAUUGCGCUAUCUUUAAAUAUCAUUUAACAUCUAGAAAAUAAAAGAAAAUAGCUAUGUCUUUUAAAAGUAAAAAUAAUUUGGUGAAACAAUGUCCAGUUCUGAAAUUGCCUUUUCUAAAGGUAAGCACUAUUUGGUAACCCACAUGGAGACACUCUGAGAAAUAUAUUAUCCACAUAUAUUCCUCACAGUUCAGAAAAUUUUUCCGUGUCUUUUAAAAGUGGCAUGUCAAGAGGUCAGGAAAGAGAAAGAACAACAUUCUAUCCAGUUUAGAGCAUGAUGGACGCCUUGUUCUUGGUCUCCAUGUUCGUCUGGAUCAGUUGCGACAGUUCGGCAACCGCACACAAAUGCUCAUUGUCAUAAUACGUAUGUAGUAAUCAAAGAGAUACCAUAAUAAAAAAUACGACUUUUUGUAGCAUAGGUUUUAACUAACGAGUCGCUAUUUUAUGUACUUCCGCUUGUCGAGGUUAUAAUGAAUUAAUAAAAAAAAUAUAUAUCAUCUGUGCCCAUCCGAGUGAUAACGAAGUUGAUCAGAUGCAACAAAUAGCUGAGUGGAAGGUGAAACAGGGUUCUUCUAUAGCCCAAGUACAAUCAUUUCAUUAGGGGAACUGAAAAAUAUGACUUAAUACUCGCAAUGAGUUCUCAAAAUAAAACAUGUUCAAACAUGUAAGGCCAACGUUUUUGUACAUAGCUGUGCCUGGUAUUAUGUAUAACAGGAUAAAGCUGCCACAUCCUGAGCCAAGCUCUGUUUCAAACACAUGUAAAGGGGUGUGUGCAUGCUUAAGCCUAACAACGCGGCCUUUUUUUCGUUUGGAAGUUGUUAUCAAUGCUAUCAAACUUAUAUAUAUAUAUAAAAAAAACUAAUGUUCCUAAGCAGUUUUAUUACAGCUUCUGUCAAAGUUCCUGAAAUUUUUUCUACAUCGAAAAAAUUAAAAAAAAAAAAAGUCGGUAUGGACGAAAAUGUUUUUUAAAUCGAUUGUCCAUGUUGUGAAUGUAUAAAUAUCAGUUGAAAUUUUUAAAAAUAAUAUUCCGAUACCUUUGUACGUAAGGUUAAAGAAAGCUAUUCAGGCAACGCUAAUUGGCAAUUAAUCAACUUGACUCUAAUGUAGUUUAUAUUAGAGUCAUAUUUUUCAAAAUGCGAAAAUAAACUUGUUGAGAAUAAAAGGAAUAAAUGUGAUAAAUUCUUUAUAUUCCUGCAUAAGUAUUUUAAAAUCUAAAUUUCAUUAAUAAAACUUAAAAAUUUUCCCUCUCGCAAAGAAACAGAAAUUUAUGAGUAAAAUAUAGCUGUCGUACAAGUAAGCAAGGAGACAUUUCACCAGCUUCUACUCCACUGCCAAGAGGUGAACGUUUUCGGUUUUUUUUGAUAAAAAUUUCAAAGGUUUUAGGGGUGUCAAAAAAUUUAAGAUUUAGUUAAUUAUUAUAUUAUUAGUUAGUUAUUCUAUUAUUAGUUAUUAUUAGGCUUACAAGGAUCUAUACAAUUGCAGCCUCUGUGAAUUUAUUUUAAGUAAUGUAUAGACGUUAGUUGAAAUAUAUUAAUAGUUAUAUCGCAAGCCAAAUCUUUCAGAUUGCAUAUUUCGUAUGCAGCUGUAAGGAAAAGGGAUACGCAGUUUUGUUGGUGAAACUCAAAUUGCAAUUAUUAAUAAGUGAAAUAAGUAAUGGCACUUAUUAUUGAUUUUAAUUAAUUAAUUAAUAAUUAAUUAAGUUUUUACAGACGUGCGAACAGACGGAUGCUGCAGUUUGUUAUCUUGUGUAUCAAGUCUAGAGGGAAAAUAAUUUGGGAAAUAAAAAUUGAAUCCAAUCCAGACAGUUAAGCGUUGUCUGUAACACUUGUUCAGAAUUGAAAAAUAAAUUCCAUAUUUCGACAUUCAGAGGGAAUCCUACCUCUGCAUGUUUAACUUCUCUUCACUUUGGAAAAGAGUGAGGAGAAGCCUUACAGUUCCUAUGCUCGAUGAGGAAUACUUGAUCCUCUCGAGCACAUUUUGACGCCAUCACAAACACAACUCACACAUGCCAUACACAAUGCACAUUAACAUUUUUUCAUUCGCGUUUGUUUUAUAUUUUUGAAUUUUGUAGCGUUUAGGAAGCUUGCAUAUAUCAGUUAAAAUAUAAACAAUAACAAAAUGCACUCUUUGUUGUUCAUAAACCAGCGUUUUUUUAAAUAAUUUUUUGACGUGAACGCGAAUAAUAAAAAACUAAAAUUAAAAAACGAGUAUUUUUUUCAGCAUAUUUUAAAGCAACGUUUUGGUUAGUUAUGAAGGCGAAGCAUUUAAAAAUAUUUCUUUAAACCUAAAAAUGUAAAAUGUAAUAUCAGAAAACAUUCAUUGAUUUUACUACCUUAAAAUUGGCGCAAAGAUUUUUUUAUUUUUUUUGGAAGAGGCGUCAGAAUUUGACAUAAAGUAUUACGAAAUAAUAUUAGAAAAUCUAAUUAAUUAACGUGGUUAAACUUAAAAUUUGAUGAUCUCAAAACCUUUUUAAAAUUAUGAAUAAUAGUAUAUGUCCAUGUGAAUAAACUCACUUA